GUAUGUAUUAUUUGUCAAUAAACACUCCAUAUGUCAUGUGUAUGUUUAGGUUGUGGUACAGAGGGUGCAGGAUUUGCAGCAAUGGAGGAGUGUUUUGUGCACAUGCAAAUACAAGUGACCCUGCUACCUCUCUUAUGCACACACACACACACACAUCCAGUGUGCUCCCUCCAUCCCUUCCAAGGCAGGGUGAUGCAGGAGCUGCGGCAGCAUCUCUGACACAGAGCGUGACGAACACACACACACCGAAAAGGCAGGAGGAAGGAAGGAGGAGGGGGCAGGAGGAGGAAAGGACGAAGAGAGACAACUCUGUCAAAAAAAGGAAGGCGGCGGACGGGAGGAGAAGGAGAGGAGGGUGAGAGGGUGGAAAUGGAGACGAGAAGAAGAGCAGAGGGUGUUGCAGCCAUGAUGUCGGACACACCUUUGCAGAGGAACGGCACGGCAACAGUACGGAUGUCGUGUGAGGAGGCUCAGCUCCACAAAGAGAGGCUGCAGGCCUUGGCGGAGAAGCGAAAACGUCAAACUGAAAUCGAAGACAAGAGAGGCCAGCUGGAUGAGUUGGUUUUACAGCUGCAGCAUGUCAAGUCCAAAGCCAUGCGGGAGCGAUGGCUCCUCCAGGGAAUGGGAGCGCAAGAAGAGGAGGCACGGAGGAAGCAGUUGGAGCUGGAUGAAGAGCACGGGAAGAAGAUGGAAGACAUGAUUCAGAGGCUGGAAUCAGAAAUCGGCACACUUGAGAGUGAAGAGUCUCUGAUUUCUGCUAAAGAACAAAUUCUACGAGAACGCUUGAAGGAGACGGAGCGCUCGAUAGAAGACCUCCAGAAGAGUUUGAUGUCCCGUGAUGGAGAGGCCACCGCCUGCACGUCCGCUCCUCUCUCGGACUGCGCGGACCUCCAUCCCGACCACCUCACCCCGGCCUCGUUGCCCCGGACCAGUCCACCUGCGCCUGGAGAGAAGGCCGCUCCGAGACCCGCAAUGUUUGCCAUGGAGAUCAACGUGCAGCAUGACCCUCAGACUGGCGAGCAGCGCAUCCUGUCGGCGAACCGCGUCAGCCCCUCGGAGGCGGGGACGCGCGGCAUCAAAGUCUACGACGACGGCAGGAAAGUCGUCUACGAAGUCACCUCCUCCGGGGGCGUGUCCACCACUUCCAUGGAGAAUGGCUGGAGCUCCUCGCAGGUCGACCAGCUCAUCCAAAGAGCAGCCAGACCAGUUCGAGGGGGUGAUGACAGGAAGGGUCAGGUGUUGGUGACCCCCGCCGCCCCGCAGGCCUACGUGUCGCCGGCCGAUGUGAACGAUCUGUCCCCGCCAUCCUGCGCCCCGCCUUCCAUCCCGUCAAGCCCGCCUGCACAGGUCACACUCCAGAGGGAGACUCGGCUCGGCAUGAUGCCCCCAUCCUCCGCCCCCAUCAUGACACAGCCCGGCCCGUCUGCUCAUCCGGAACCAGAGCUCGGGUCCUUUCCCCAAUCCGGCGCCGAGCACCCAGUCACCAUGGUGUUCCUCGGCUAUCAGGACCUGGAAGACACAAGCGAGAGCAGGCGGCUGCUGGGCUUCGACGGCACCGUGAAGGCUGAGGUGGUCCUCAUCGAUGAAGACGACGAGAAGUCCCUGAGGGAGAAGACGGUCACCGACCUGUCCGUUAUCGACGGCACGGCGGCCGACCUGGUGUCGGGCCGGCCGGUCACGUCCGAGGCCGCCAGCACGGAACUCUCAUCCGACGGCCGCGAGCCUGACAGCGCCGCCUCACCCCCUCCCAACCCCGACGCCAACAAAGCCCCGCCUCCUGGCCUCACCCCUGCUACAGGCCAUGGGGUUGCCACGACAACGACAAAUGGACAUCAGGCCGCAAUGCCGAGCAGACAUCCUCACACUGCCAUGAAAUCCUGGCAGGCACCCGAGGAUGUCAGUGGCACAAUACCAAAGGAGAGAGCCUUGAAGAGUGUCAGUUUCCAGGAAUCGGUCAGCAUCAUAACCGACAGACCGCUCAUCAUGGAAGUGGAGACCCAGCAGAUCCAGCAUGGCUGCCUGAGCAGAUCCAGCGACCAAGGCCACAAUGACAGUGAGGUGGAACAGGAGAUUCGGUACCUGGACCAGGUGCUCGAUGCAGCCUCAGAAACACCCACAAAUGGAAACUCAUACCCCACACCAGUUAGCAUAGAUGGAAAACAUUCCUCUGUGAAUGUGUCCCAUUCGUCCCCUGGAUAUCACCAGUCCAUCACUGUGGAGGGGCAAAGACAAACCACGUUCGUACAUCAGGACGACUCUGGUGUAAAAACCAACGGCCAUGGGCCGAGGGAGGACUCCAGCCACAGGAGCGCAAAGUUUGAGCUGAGAGCUUUUCAGGAAGAUAAACGGCCAGCAAAACUCUUUUCUCCAGGAGAGGAGCAGCAUGUCAGAGUGACAAGGAGACGGAAUUCCGAGGAGGUCCAGGAGUUGGAGCGUGAGCGUCAGGAGCUGAUUAGAGAUCAGGCCGUGAAGAAAAACCCGGGCAUUGCUCAGCGUUGGUGGAACCCUCCGCAAGAGGUUCCUUUGGAACAACAGCUGGAUGCAGAACAGCUUGAAUCUCUGAAAAAAUACCAGGAGAGAAAACAACAGAGGCAGAAUCAAACAUAUGCAUACACGCAGCCUCAGGUGACUGGACCGCCCACGUUGGUGACUUUUGACCCGGAGCUAAUCAGGAAGGAAGACGUUGUGGACAAAAAGAUUGACUUCUCAUCUGCCAGGAGGCAAUUCCUGCAAGGGGACGUGACCAAGAAUUCCAUAGCUCCUCACAUAUACUCCGCCAGACCCUUCUCAAAGUCCGUAGCCAGGACCAACAAUGGCAGCAACAACAUUGUUACAGAAACCGGAGAGUGUCAUGUGACCUGGUAUGAUGAAGGAGUUCCAGGAGAAUUUACGAGUGUUCGAGCUGUCAUGACAAAUUUAAGCGAUGAAGAAGAAGGGAAGAGCCACUUCCAUACAGGCUUUCACCCAGAGGAGUCCGACUCGGGACUGGAAGAGUUAUCAGUCCGCUCUCAGGAUACAACAGUGUUUAGCUUGGAUAGUGUUUCAGAUAGUGGAGCCUCACUCCCCCCGACUCCAUUGCCGCUUACGCCGGUGUCACCACCUACCCCCCAGCCCACUACUCCAGUCAACGGGCGAGCCACGAGCAGUGGAGCUGAGGAUGAGCUGGAAUAUCAGGCGGGAGUACUUGUCCAGAAUGUCAUCCAAAAUGCCCUUUCGACCAAUGGAGGUGACUGGCAGUUGUCGCUCUCAAAUUUGGAUUCUUCACAAAUGAGCAGCCCUGUGUCUUCAUCAUCUGCUUCAACAAGUAGCCCAGUGCCAGUCUCCUCCUCCCCUCUGUCGUUUGGUGAAUCUGAUCGUGUCCAGUCACCUGUGUCCUCCAGCUCUUCCAGCGCUGCUACAUUUAACCCAUCCCCGCAGCCAGACCGGCCACUAGACGCACAGGUUGCUUGCCAAGAGAAGCCGAUAGAAACACAAGAUGCUCUGCAGCAGCGACACUCACCUAAUCCAACUCAGCCUUCGCAACCAUCUCCAACAUCUCAACCCAUCUCUCCACCACGGAGACCCAAAGAGGGAGGACCGAGGAUCACAAUCCAGUCUUCUUAUACCAGAGCUCUUGCUUCGUCAGCCCCGGUUUCUGCUCCAGCUCCAUACUCUGUCACAACUGCUUCUGUCCCCAGGCCACCCCCAGUCUGCCGCCCCCCUUCCCCUCCAAGCCCAGAAAAAUCCGAGUUCAGCUACUUCAGUAAAUAUUCCGAAGCGGCUGAACUUCGUAGCACGGCAGCAGCAGCAAAAGGCCCCGAGGUGGAGGUGGCAAGCGGGCCCUUCCGCCUGCGCUCCAAGAAGCAACGCACGUUGUCCAUGAUCGAGGAGGAGAUCCGAGCGGCUCAGCAGCGAGAGGAAGAACUGAAGAAACAGAGAGAGGCUCAACCGGCUGUUAUCCCUCGUGCCGGGAACGCUACCAGCAGCAGUCAAGUUCCUGCGAGAACGGGGAUGCGGAAAACCACCAUCAACCCGGCAGACAAGCUGAAGAGCAACAGCCUGCCAAGUCGACUCACGCUGACAGCAAGGACAGCACCAGGAAAGAUCGAGAAGGUUCGACCUGCUCCGCCUGUCUCACCAUCGCCUUCAGAAGGAGCCUUGUCUGACGCCGGCAGCGAGGACUCUGGAGGAUCACGGCCCAAAAACUUCAUGCAGACACUCAUGGAAGACUAUGAAACACAUAAGGUGAAGAGGAGGGAAAAAAUGGAGGACAACAGUUAUGCCCGUUUGUUGCUGGCUAAUGAGGUAACCACUGAGGUGUUGGAGGCCACUCGCGUCACCAGGAGGAAAAGCGACAUGGCCCUGAAAUGGGAAGCCGGUAUCUAUGCCAAUGAGGAUGGAGAAGAGGAGGAAGAAGAGGAGGAGGAGGAAGAGGAGGAAGAAGAGGAGUAAAAAUAGAAUGGCGAUGAGGACAGGCAGAGAGGAAGUAGUAUUUAUUCUACAGAUCACAUGACCCCCUCUGGUCUGACCAGCGGCGCUCAGCAAGGACGAUGUGUGAUUUUGAACUUGGAUUCUGAAGGUAUAAAUGGCAUGCAGUGAGUAUGUGAGGCAAACGGAAGGUUGAUGCAAGGCACAGCUGAAGGAACUGCAAAGUAUUCUUAGGAUGUUUUAGAAGCUUGGAUUGUAUUUUUCAUUUGAGGAGUCACCACCAAUCAUCCUGGAAAUGAGUCUGGCUUGUUACUGAGGCCUCAUGCGUUCAUCAUUGCACAAACUACAGGUGGGUUGGUGUCUCAUUCCCUAGGUCCCUCCUGGUUUUGCCUCGUUGCCUUAGACUCUUGGAUGCAUGAUGGUUAUUUCAUUUUCUAGCCUGCAUCUGUAAACGCAGAGACAAGUAGAAAGGUUGGUCAGUGAUCACAAUUACUGGUGUGUCGUGUUUGUGCAGGGAGCGAUAUACAGUAUAUAUAUUAUAAAAUCACCCGUCUUUUGUAAGCAGUUGUAUUAUACGGAGGUAGGACUGUAUUUAACAUGUAUUCCAGUCUAUCUAACAUUUUGUGACUAUCGUGUGAUGACAAAAAAAAACUUUUAAAAAGUUGGAAGAGAACCAGUUUGCCUAUUUAAGACAAAACGACCGCAUUUUCCGGACCUUGAGUCGCAUCAGUCAAAAAAUAUGUCAUGAAGAGGAUAAAUCCAACAUCAAGCAGAGACAUUUAAUUUGAAAAAUCAAUAGCACACGGAACAACAGGCUGAAUAGGUGUCCGCUAUGUUAAGCGAGUUACUGGAAAGCAGGUUCGCCAAGCUCCCGAUCUCUGAACCCACUGAUCCUGCAGCACUCUCUUGUGGCUGUUGACAGUAAUGUUCCUGCUUGCAGUCAGUAUAAAAUAUGUAAAAAAUGUUUAAUUAUAUUUAAGUUGCAGGACUAGUCAAACUAUGGGGGGGGGGGGGGGGCUGCAACACAUCGUCUGGAAAAUAAGGUAUCAGUUUUAUUCAUUUUUUUUCACUGGAUGUGGAAGUGUAGGACCAGAUUGGCGAAAGUAGGAAACAAAGAGCACAAGGAAUGAGUCUGAAUUAAGCGUGUUUAUAUUUUAGUGUGGCUCCAGAUUCUAAACCACUUUAACUGAAAAGUAGCAGGAUUAUUCUACUCUUCGGUCUGCCCCACCCCCGCCCCAGCGUGAGAAUGUCAGGAGGAUGAUGAAACUGUAACCAAAGGUCACCG